CGGUGGCAGUGGUAGCUUCAGUAAUUGAAUAAACCUCAUCCUAACCUAUUAGCGAAUAGAAUCUUCAGGAAGCCUUGACUCGCUUAGGGGCGAGCCACAUGGGGCUAGUCGGGCUGGUCUGCCAACCUGCUCUCUCUCAACACCUAUGAAGAAAUGUCCGCCUGUCUCUCAACCUCACCUUUCUCCUGAGAAACGAGGUUGACCGAGUCAAGCGACGGAGAUCCAGCACUUAUGUGCACGUACCCUGAAACUUACAUCCAAUGGAAACAUCGAGACGUGGAAGCCAGCGCUGAAUCCGCCGAAGCCGCCGAAACCUCGAUUGUCGCCCGCCCGCGCCAGGAGAUCCUAAGGAGCAUUGACGAGGGGUUCAAGGAACCAACCGACAAGUUCACCGCCCACCAGAUCUUCUACAUAUUCAUUCUAGAUGGAAUCGGCUCGCUGGUAUUGUCUGGUGGCAUUAACUUCGCCAUCGCGUACGCCAUGUAUGCAAACCAGGACACGGUAGCGAGGCCCAUUCGACUGUUCCAAUUUCCCAACACGCUCGCUGGUGAUGCGGCGGUCACCAUCAUCAUCCAGUGUCUCAUCACCUGGCAUGUCGAGCUCUUUCUCGUCAACUGGGACCUAAAGAAGGGCGGUGUGCAUUCCAUCGGCUUCAUACCCGAACCUAAGGGCCGCUUUAUGAGGUGGUUCAUGUUCCUGGAUCGGCCAGAGCAGGCACACGAAGCCGGGAGCUUUUCUCACUGGCUGGGCUUCCUCUUCUCCCAGAUCUUGCGGAUCAUGCUCGUAGUCGUGGCAAUCUUCCCGGUCGUCUGGGGCGCUAGCAUCGGCUUUCUCGUCUUGGCGGGCAGCUGGUAUGACGGCGACUGGUACUACGAGAAGUUGUGGGCGCCGCAAAUCUUCAAGUUGAUUCAAGGAGGCGUGUUGGGCCUGCUGACCACGCCGCCCAUGGCCAUGUUCUGGCUCACGCGAUGCGGAUGGGCCCUGAAGAACAACGAGGAACACUACGGAGAGCGAUGAAACUCCUAGGGAUAGCAUAGGCGCGAUCAUUUCCUCGCGUCGUCGUUCAACCCCCUACCCCCCGCAAGAAUUUUCUCGGCUUCCGUGGCUAUCUGAUUGAUUGCUGGUAUCGCCUUAGGUAAAAAUUACUAUACGG